UUUUUUUUUUUUAUGAAAAAAUUUUUUUUUUUAUUAUAUCUUGUUGCAUAAAAGAAAUGGGCUCAAAUUAUUAAAUCUUGUGUGAAUAAAAAACUGUGCCAAAGUAAAAGAUCUAAAAAAAAAAAUUAAAAAUAAAUCAUGGGGAGCCAUAUGUUAUUGUAUCUAAGCUUAUUUUGUAUCAUCAGUCUAGUCACAGCUGAAAAUAUCCGUACUCGGUCACCGAAUAGGGGAUUGUUAGAGUAUAGCAGCCGCAUAGUUAACGGUACGAGAGCGACCUUGGGACGGUUUCCACAUCAGGUCUCCUUGCGAAGGGCCGUCACGCAGAAUCACUUUUGCAGCGGCACUAUUUUGACGUCCAAAUGGGUACUCUCGGCCGGGCACUGCAUGUUGGAUUUGAACAACAAUACCCUUGAGGCAUCCUCGAUGCUGAUAGUCGCCGGAGAGAUCGUUUUGAAAAACACAAACAGAGCCCACGCCUGGAGCAAAGUAACAAAGUUGAUCGUCCAUCCGCAAUUUCAGAAACGCACUUUGGAAAAUGACAUUGCUCUUCUAAAGUUGGAAACUCCACUCGAUUUCGACGAUCGCGUUCAGCCGGCUUAUAUAAUUCAACGACGCGUUAACGCCGACACAAUGUGUCAAGUUGGCGGAUGGGGAUCCACAAUAGUCGAGCCGUUGAGUAGUUAUUUCAUGUACAUCGAUCUACCCGUGAUGUCGGAUCGGUUGUGCCAAGAGCUCUGGGGAAACUAUACUUUAGCCAAGGGUACAUUCUGCGCUGGAUAUUUAGAGGGUUUCAGGGAUUCCUGCACGGGAGACUCCGGUGCUGGAUUGAUGUGUGAUGGGUUUUUGACGGGCCUCGUGUCCGGAGGCGGCAGAAAGUGCGCAGAGCCAAGGGUACCAGGGCUGUACACCGACGUUUAUUUUUUCGUACCUUGGAUCGAACGAUACGUGAAUUUGGAAGAGAAUGUUUCAAAAUUACCGUGAUAUUCAAAUAGAGAGAUUGUACAAUAUUUUCUGGUCGUUAUUUCGUUAGACUAUAGUUGUAUCAUGACUCUGAGUCGAUGUUUUUGGUGGUUUUGUUGCUUCUUCCAUACGAUGCAUUACAUCCAG